AUGCCUAUUGCUGUUUGGCUCACUGACAAUUCCAACUUUACAGCCCCAGUGGGAGACGUGAAAUUUUUUAUGGAAUAUAACAGCACUUUUACGAUUCAUCCAUCUCCCGAAACUGAAGCUGCGUGGGCCUCUUUAUUCCCCAAAGGCAAAGGGUUCGUCCGUCAUGAGACAAUAGCGCCUGAAACUUCAGGGUUGGUCGUUUAUCACGGCUUACACUGUUUGAAAUCACUUCAUGAGGUGUACUAUGCUGCUUUAGAUGGAAAACUCUCCCAUGAUAUACCUAAAGAGCACGCUCAUCUAACUUCCCCUCACCAUGUGCGUCACUGUUUCGACUAUCUGCGACAAAGUUUGAUGUGUUCCGCAGACACAAACCUUGAGCCUGUGUCAAAAGAUCUGAAGGGUGUGACUGGGUGGGGAUUCACUCGGACAUGUCGUGAUUUGGAUAGUGUCAAGGCCUGGGCGGAGGCUAAUUGGUCGAAUGAUGUUUGA